GGAGGACAAGCAAUCCUCCCCCAUUAUCAGAUCCAACGUCCCAUUUUUCACAUCACCUCUUUCUUUCUCUCUCCUCUCUCUUCCUCCAUUUCUCUUCUUUCUUCCUGUACAAAUCAUUUCUUUACAAUUUCAAAAUUAAUUUCUGCUCUAAAUAGUAGGGAAGAAAUAUAUUUUUUUAAAAAAAAAAUAAAAAAAAAUUCCCUCCCAAAUAUCUUCAAUCACCAUUUUCUUCUCUGAAUACCAGAGAUUUCCUACACACAAAAAUAUCCCCAAAAAAAAAAUCAUACCUUUUUUUUUGUUGGCUCUAAAACGCUUUCAUAGUCAGUCCAUGGUUUAUAAUUUUAAUCAAUAAUUUCGGACAUUUUUACUGAAAGAUUUUACAUUUUGGAAUCAAAUUUAAAAUUGACUUAAAAUUGAAGAUAAAGAGAAAAAUUAUAAAAAGGAAGACCUUUUGUUUUUUUUGGGAGGUUUGUAUUGAGGAGGAUAUGCUGAACAUGUCCUCAAUCCUUCCUCUCAUCAGAUCUUAGGUGUUUUCUCUCAAAUUUCGCAUCUGGGUUUUCUUUAAUCGGUGGGUUUUUUUAUUUUAUUUAUAACUUUUACAAUCUAUGUUGAUAAAAUUUGAUGUGGGUAUUUGAUCUUUGUGGAGUUAGCUUAUAUUCUUGAUCUGGGUUUUUGCUGAUUUUAAUGAAAUGUAUAUGAUCGGGAAUUUUCAGGCUGUUUCUCCUAAUUGUGGGUUUAUUUGAUCGAUGAAGGAUCCGAUACUUGUAUAUUGAAUCCGAGAAUAUCCCAUUUUUACCCGGCAUUAUAAUUUUAAUUUGGGGUUCUUGUGAUUCUUUUGAUAAAGAAAUAUGCAAUCUGACCUUGGUAAGCUAUUCAUUGGUGGAAUUUCGUGGGAGACGAAUGAGGAACGCCUUAAAGAAUAUUUUAGCACGUUUGGGGAGGUGAUUGAAGCUGUUAUCAUGAAGGAUCGUACCACCGGCCGUGCACGGGGGUUUGGUUUCAUUGUUUUCUCUGACCCAGCUGUUGCAGACAGAGUCAUCAAGGAGAAACACAACAUUGAUGGCAGGAUGGUUGAGGCGAAGAAGGCUGUUCCUAGAGAUGAUCAGAACAUUUUGACUAGAACCAGUGGCAGUGUACAUGGUUCUCCAGGUCCUGGCCGUACUAGGAAGAUUUUUGUAGGAGGUUUAGCUUCCACUGUUACGGAGAGUGAUUUUAAAAUUUACUUUGAGCAGUUUGGGACAAUCACAGAUGUUGUCGUGAUGUACGAUCAUAAUACACAGAGGCCAAGAGGUUUUGGGUUCAUCACUUAUGAUUCAGAGGAAGCAGUGGAUAGGGUUUUAAUCAAAACAUUCCAUGAACUAAAUGGUAAGAUGGUUGAGGUCAAGCGUGCGGUCCCCAAAGAACUAUCACCUGGUCCAAGUCGUAGCCCAAUUGCUGGUUAUAAUUAUGGUUUAAACAGGGUCAACAACUUCCUAAAUGGGUACACACAAGGCUAUAAUCCAAGUGCCCUUGGAGGUUAUGGAGUUAGGAUGGAUGGCAGAUUCAAUGCAAUUGCUAGUGGACGAAGCGGGUUUCCUCCAUUUGGUUCUAAUUUUGGAAUAAGUAUGAAUUAUGAGCCAGCACUAAGUCCAAGUUAUGGAGGAAGUGGGAACUUUGGUAGCAGUCUCAGCUACGGACGGGGAGUGAACCCUUACUAUAUUAGCAACUCUAAUAGGUUUGGUAGUCCUGUUGGCUAUGAUGGUGGAAAUGGGGGCAGCUCGUCCCUGUUUAGUUCAAAUAGGAACCUGUGGGGAAAUGGGGGACUCAAUAAUAGCACAGACUCUUCUACAUCAGGAGCUUUUAAUGGGUCUGGAACUGGUAAUGCUGGAGGAACCUUUGGAAGUGGCAAUGUGAACUGGGGUUCCUCACAAAUGUCUGGUCAAGGUGGAGGAAAUGCUGUUGGCAGUGGUGGGAACCUGAGUUAUAUUGGGGGUGAUAGCAGUUAUAAUUUGGGUGGUGGAGGCUAUGGAAGAAACACUGGAAGUAAUGCGGUACCAACAUCAUCAUCUUAUGCAUCAUCAAAUGGUGCCUAUGAUGGGGCAUUUGCAGAUUUAUACGGGAGUAGUUCCAUUUACGGAGAUUCCCCUUGGAGAGCAGCAACUCCUGAGCGAGAUGGUUCUAGUUCAUUUAACUAUGGGCUGGGGAAUGCCGUUCCAGAUGUUUCUGCUAAAGGGCCUGCUGGUCUUAUUGGUGGAUAUAGUGUUAAUAAGAGACAGCCAAACAGAGGACUUCCUAGCUAGAAGGCUGUUUUUAUCAGGAAAAUAUUGUAGAUGGAGCAAUCUGGGCAAAGCAGAUGAAAGGUGACUGAUAUAGUCCAGUUAAAACUAUGAAAAGUUAAUUGGUUACAUAGAACUGACUGGAGUGCCUGUCUUGAAGAUUACGUAGUCAUAGGUAAGUUGUAAGGGAUUUUUGUUUUUCUGGCUUGAGUUUUUUUGAGUCAUCAUUCUAGGGUUUUGAGUGAGGUGUAAAAUCAGAUUGCGGGAUAUAGUCGAAUUGUAUCGUGCAUCUCCGGGAGGUGUCGUGAUACAUGGUAAAGGAUAGGCUAGCCCCUUUUAUUUUCUUUUCUUCUUCCAAUUUUCCAUCCAUCAUUUUUCUCUUCCUUUUUGUUCUCUAUAUAUUUUGUUUUGUGCUGUAAUAGCGAUGACAAAGUGCGGGUUCUUUGUUAAGUACGUUUUACAUCCUUCGUUGGAUUGUACGGGGCUUCUUGUUGAUUUACUAGUGUCGAACAAUUGAAGGAACCCAACUAGGGUUCUCAUGAAUAAGCUUCUUUUAUAUUUUUCUGAAUAUCAGUUACUGUAACAACUUUCUAUGGUUGCUGAAACUUAAUCUGCUACUACGAUAGCAAGUUCGAUUAAUUUUUUUAAUCGUUGUCCUCUCCCUUAAUCUCAUUGGCUGAGGAGAUCUCUAUGUAAUGGAUUUUAUAUUUUCACUGUUUAUUAGUAAUACCGGUGACACUUUAGUUUA